ACAACCUGAUUCUUCUUUGCAAGCCCCAAGGCAAUCUCGAAUUGCGUGAAGACGAAGAUGCCCCUAUCUUUCUCCAAUAUUCCAGCUCUUGUAAUUUCUCCUUUUUUUUUUUUUUUUAAAUAAAACCGGAAGUGCGUGGUGAGAAACAUCACUGAUUGUGUACUGCUGAGGAACACACACAUACGCAGAUAGGCAGAAAACCCCACCAAUUUUCCUUCGAAAUUACUCAGAUUUCUCUCCAAGAAUACGCGGAGGAUUCAUGGAUAGGCAAACCCUAGCUUCAUCGUCUUCCUCCACCAGUGGUACUUCUGUCAAUCCUCCACCGCCGGAGGAUGCUUGGUAUACUACUUACCUCAAGCUGCUUCCUCAAUGGGAAUCUGUUUCCUCCUCUAGCCGGGUGGAGAAUGUAUGCUGUGCAACAGGUAAUGGGGGUUAUCAUUUUAGGAAGCUGAUGUUAGCAAGGAAUUGGGUAACAAUCCCAAUUGAUAUAUCUAGAGUUAAUCAAAUUGAUGCUGCAAGGCUGGACAUUGAAAUGUCAGCCAUGUUGAAAGAACAGCUGGUUAAAGUCUUUUCUUUGAUGAAGCCAGGAAUGCUAUUUCAAUAUGAACCUGAACUCGAUGCUUUUCUUGAAUUUCUUAUAUGGAGAUUUUCCAUCUGGGUUGAUAAGCCUACUCCUGGCAAUGCUCUCAUGAAUUUAAGGUAUAGGGAUGAACGUGCAGUUGAAGCCAGGGGGAAAGUUAGAACGGGAUUAGAGGGGCCAGGAUUAACUAUCUCACAGAAGGUCUGGUAUUGUAUUGCAACUGUUGGUGGUCAAUAUAUAUGGGCCCGUCUUCAGUCGUUCUCUGCUUUCCGAAGAUGGGGUGACACAGAACAGCGAUCACUAGCUCGUCGAAGUUGGUUUCUAUUACAACGAAUAGAAGGAUUUUACAAGGCUGCAUCUUUUGGAAACCUACUCGUAUUCCUCUUGACAGGAAGGUAUAGGAGUCUUAUUGAGAGAGCCUUACGCGCAAGACUUGUCUAUGGAAGCCCUAACAUGAAUCGAUCUGUAAGCUUUGAAUACAUGAAUCGGCAGUUGGUGUGGAAUGAAUUUUCGGAAAUGCUGCUGCUGCUUCUUCCUCUUCUGAAUUCAUCAUCUGUUAAAAAUUUUCUCCGCCCAUUCUCAAAAGAUAAAUCGUCAAACUCAGAAGGAGAUGACGCUUUAUGCCCCAUCUGCCGGGCAACUCCAACCACUCCAUUUUUAGCUCUCCCGUGUCAGCACAGGUAUUGCUACUACUGUCUCCGGACGCGAUGUUCUGCGACCAUGGCAUUCCGGUGCUCCAGGUGUAACGAGCCUGUUGUCGCCAUGCAAAGAUAUGGUGGUUCCGUCAACAAUCAGAGUCAGUGAAGAUGAUUUAUUUUACAAGGUGAAUGAAAUAACUAAGCACAGAGUUACAAUGAUGUAUGAAAAGUUCCCCAAGUUGGCAUCGUUAUUGAAAUCAAGAAAACAAGAUUCAUUGAUAGAAAAAAGGUUCUACUCCAUUGAUUGAAUGGAAUUUCAGAUACCGUGUUGAUGGAUACAACAAGCAUUCCACCAGAGUAAGCUUCUUGAAAGUCUUGGUACAAUUCCACAGUGCUUUUCAAACUUCUCCCACUCCAUUUCUCGGGAUUAACACUGUUUGGUUGCAAAGAAACUAUGAUUAGAAUUGGUUCCCCAACUCGAAUUUACUUAUCUUCCGAUUUGAUGCUGAGUUUGGAGAGGAUUCUAGUACUUGGCUUCACACUCUCAUUUGGAAAAAUUCUGCAGCUCCACCACUCUAAAGUGUGUGUUGGUCCGUCAUCCAAAUUGACUUGGAGUAGUACCUUCAAGUUCAACCAUUGAAUCAACUUUCAAUUGCUGUGUAUAGAUUGUAUAUUAAUUAUAUAAGUAAAUCACGUGAUAAUAUAUAAAAUAUUUAUUAUAUAAUUAAAUGGUUUUGAGUGAUAUAACUACAUAGUUGGAAUCAGAAUAUUGGCGGUGAAUGAAGGUAGCAUGUGCGUACAACCUAUUAGUACAUCUGCAAGUUGGGAGGCAAAGAGCGACAAAAAGAAUCCAGAGAGGAUCAUGGAUGGUAGGAAACAUUCCAAGUUUUCUAUGUGAUCUGAUUAAUGGCCCAGUUGAAGAAGUGGUACGCAAUCGCUAUUCCCUCCCCUAUCUAUCCCCUUUUAUUUCUAAAAAUUGACAGUUUAUGUAUUAUGGAGACAUCAUCAAUUUCAUAUGUGAAAGUUUUGUUGCGGAAUAAUA